AUGAGCAGCUACCUACCCCCCCCCCAAUCAUCGGUGAACGAAACUGCGGCAACUGCCACCACUACGACGAGUACGCGGUUAUUGCAGCUGACAAUGACGAUGAUGGAUGCUGCCUCGUGGGUCAGACUUUUGAGUCACAAAGAGACUGGACGUAAUCAUAUUAUCGGCGGCGAGAGUCGGUCACUGCCUGCCUCUCCUGAACUACCAGCGUGGACUCCGACCAUGCACUUGCACGCUGGUGCUUUUGGUUGCGCUUCUCUAGUUUUACGCAAAACGCGCACACCUCGCUUGGCCAUCGUGAAACUUGUGGACCCAGAAAUCAAACGAAAAUAUCAACCGGCUCCUCAAACGCCUGUCGGACGGUCCGAUGUCGAAUAUGAACGACCACUGGGGAAGAAUACCCAAAGCGCUACUCAGAGCCGGGAAUUUUGUUUGUGGUACAACCAAGCCAAUCGCAUCCAGGUUCAUGCUAUCCCGCUUCGAAGCAGCUGGGUGAUGACAUGUGCCUACGCGCCUUCGGGUGACUACGUUGCCUGCGGUGGCUUGGAUAACGUAUGCUCGAUCUAUAGUCUGCGGUCACGAGAGGGAAACGUCCGGGUUAGCCGGGAACUUCCGGGACAUACAGGUUAUCUGUCGUGCUGUCGUUUCUUGAACGAUGCGCAAAUCGUCACAAGUUCCGGUGACGUCACCUGUGCCCUUUGGGACAUCGAUACUGGACAACAGAUUAUCACAUUCACCGGCCAUACUGGAGACGUAAUGAGCCUGAGUUUGGCACCAGACCAACGUACUUUCAUUUCGGGCGCUUGUGAUGCCUCUGCCAAGCUUUGGGACUUGCGAGAUGGACAGUGUAAACAAACAUUUCCUGGACACGAGUCCGAUAUCAAUGCCGUUUCUUACUUCCCGAACGGAUUGUCUUUUGGCACCGGAAGUGAUGACGCUACUUGUCGGUUAUUCGAUAUUCGAUCGGAUCAAGAGAUUGGCAUGUAUAGUCAUGAAAGCAUCAUCUGUGGUAUCACAAGUGUGGCAUUCAGCAAAAGUGGCCGUCUACUUUUGGGUGGUUAUGAUGACUUCAACUGCAAUGUGUGGGACACUUUGAAGCAAGAACGCGCUGGGGUGCUUGCUGGUCAUGACAACCGUGUUUCGUGUCUCGGAGUGACCGAAGACGGAAUGGCAGUUUGCACAGGAUCGUGGGACAGCUUUCUGAGAAUAUGGAACUGAAUUCGAUCGAAACUCUCUGGGUGAUGCCGCCUGUCCGAUGGCGAACGUUUGAUCCGCAUAAGAUACUGCACAUUCUGAUGCCCCUUCCAACACAACCGGUUGUGCCGUGUCUGCCGCGCAGUACCUAGUGUCUAACUCGAUUCAGUUGACGCCCCGCCCAUAUGUUGCUGUCUCCCUCGGCUACUCUUUUUAUCUUUUGACCUCGUGUUUAUUUUGCCAGACAAUCACUAACUUCGCCCUCUCCACCGAUGUGAGCAUUCAAUGUUGCGUUUACAUGCUGGCAUCUCCCCGAAACCCUAGUCACGCAUCUCCGAGCAAUCACCUCGUUUCUGCUGUUUUCCAUAAAUGAGGACAUUUCUUUUUUUCCGGCUUCUGAUGUUUUGCUUAAUUUUUUCGUUAUUUUUGUUUGCUGCUUGCAACCAUAUCACUUCACACGAGAACAAAUCCGAGUGCAACCGUUCCGCCGUUUGUGUAUAUUAUGUUGUCGCCUUAUCAUUCUUAUCAUCAUGAGUCAGUAUCUCUGUGGUGGGUGUUUUGUUGCUGUAUUGAUCGUGUUUCCCGAUCUUCUUACGUGACCGAUGGUGUGUACACUUUUCUCUGAAGUCCAGUAUUUUUUUGCCUACUGCUGUGAAUCAGUUUCUUUCCACGCAAUUAUUGUGUCUGUUCUGCGUCAAUUUUCAUCAUGCCAAUUACAGUUUUCUUACGUGCCGAUGGUGUGUACACUUUUCUCUGAAGUCCAGUAUUUUUUUGCCUACUGCUGUGAAUCAGUUUCUUUCCACGCAAUUAUUGUGUCUGUUCUGCGUCAAUUUUCAUCAUGCCAAUUACAGUUGAAAUAUUUGAAUUUCCCACCCUUAGACGUAGCCCGUUACUAUGGGCUUUGUGUCCAUGUUGGCCCUGUAAGAUUCGUAGUGAAUCCAGUACUAUUGAGCCUGUCAGAAUCGGC